AUGCCCUGCCAGGCCUCCUGUCUGGCAGUGGUGUCCAUGUGCCUUGGGUGGGGUCGACCGAAGUCAGUUGGCCUUCCUUUCAGACCAGCCAGCCAGAUGGCUCGAGUAGUUGACCUGUGGCCGUGGCCAGAUGGAAUGUCGGCUUCUGCCGCCAGCCAAGGUCAGCGAAGGUGGCGACGGCAACAACAGCACCAACAGCAGAAGCAAGACAAUUACGGCGGCAUAAACCUUCAGAUGGGUCCGGGGGCAGUAAGCAAUAGUCGGGCUGCAGAGGAGCAGAGGCGCUGGUUGUCGAGGGAACCGGGAGAAGAGGGCCUGAGACGAGAGGAGAGGUGGCGCGAAAGAGGCCCCCCACCCGACUUGGCCUAUCAUCGCACGAUCCAGCCUAAUUCGAUGAACUGGUAUCAGUUGGCAGGUAGGACUCCCUUCAUCCCCGCAUUAAAAGCCCUUUAUUAA